GCUGCUCUCAGCCACACCCAUUGGAGGCUCCUCCCCCUCGGAGGCUCCACCCCUCGGAGGCUCCUCCCCCUCGGAGGCUCCUCCCCCCGUGACUCCACCCCCUGCGUCACUCUGCCCCCCGGUGGUGAUGGCGGCUCCGCCCACUCGGCAGCUCCGCCCCCCGCUAGGCCCUGCCCCCUCUUGGGCUCCACCCCUCCGGUGGCCCCAUCCCCAUCGGCUCCGCCCCCUUCUCAGCUGCUUUUCCCCUUACGGGGCUCCGCCCCCUGUGCAUCUCUGACCCUGCUCUGCUCCGCCCCUUCUUGGGCUCCGCCCCUCCGCGGCUCCGCCCCCUAUGCGUCUCUGCCCCCCUGUUUGGCUCCGCCCCCUCUUGGGCUCCUCCCCCCGCGGCUCCACCCCUCCGUGGCUCUGCCCCUCCAUGAUGCCUCCCCCCCCUUCUCAGCUGCUCCGCCCCCCGCGCGGCUCCGCCCUCUCCACGGCUCCGCCCCCCCGGGAGGCUCCGCCCCUCCGAGGCUCCGCCCAAUCUCCCCAGAUCCGCCCCCUUCUCGCGGCUCCGCCCCCUCCCCGUGGCUCCACCCCCUGCGGCUGCGCCCCCUGUGCGUCUCUGCCCUCCAUCUCUGCUCCGCCCCAUAGCGGCUCCGGCCCUUCUCAACGGCUCCGCCCCCUCAGUGACUCCGCCCCCUCGGUGACUCCGCCCCCUCCGUGGCUCCGCCCCACUCGGCUCCGCCCCCUCCGUGGCCCCGCCCCGUUGGUGCCAGCGCCCCCUGGCGGCCGCGGGCAGCGCUGCACCGCGGGGACAGCGGUUCACGCCAGGGGGUGUCAGGGGGACCCAGGGCGACAGGGAGGGGCGGGGGGACCCGUGAGGGGACAAUGGAUGUCACCACAACUGUCACCGUGAGGGGCCAGCGGCGCGGUGGCCGGGGCUGGCGGGGGCUGAUAACAGCCGGCCCUUCCUGUCCCCUUCCUGGGGACGGCGCGGGGACAGGAACCCGCCCUGGGGACACUGUGGGUGCUGGGUGGGCCUGGGUGCACCCUGGUGAUGGGGACAGCAGGGUGUGGUGGGCGUGGGGACACUGGACAUGGGGACAGUGUGGGCAUGGGGACAGUGGACAUGGGGACACACUGAGCAUAGGGACAUACUGACCAUGGGGACACUGGACAUGGGGACACUGGACAUGGGGACAGUGUGGGCAUGGGGACACUCUGGACAUGGGGACACAUUGAGCAUGGGGACACUGGACAUGGGGACACGGGACAUGGGGACACACUGAGCAUAGGGACAUACUGGCCAUGGGGACACUGAGCAUGGGGACACUGGGUGGGGAACACACUGGUCAUGGGGACAUGGGGACACCCUGGACAUGGGGACACCGCGGCCACUGUCCCACUGUCACCCUUUGGGGACACCCCGGUGACACCGGGCUCUUCACCACCACCCUUGGGGACUGUCACCAAGUGUCACCAAGAGACAGACCCACUGGGGCUCAGGGGCCCCUUUGUGGCUUGUCCCCAAGGGGGGGACAUCCGAAACUGUCACCCCCCCGCUUCCCGCUGGCUUUAUCAGUGGGGACAUGCUGGGGACACUUUGGGGACACAUUGGGGACAGCUCGGCGUGUGACAAGGACAAUGUACGGCAACCUCGAGGACACCCAGGGGCAGGGACAAGCGUGGCUGCAGGGACCCGGUGGCGGGGAAGCCUGCGAUGACACGUCCCCCCCGGACGAGAACCCCUACGAGCCCCUGGACCCCCCUGUCACCGUCCCCAACCCCAAGCGCGUCCCCGACCCCCCGGUGCCGAGGACACCAGUGUCACCGCAUCACGUCCGCUGCUCCAGCUCGCGGCUGCUGCUGGUGACACUGGUGGCACUGGGGGUGUCGGUGCUGCUCAAUGUCACCGUCCUCGUCGGUGGCCUCCGGCGCGUGGCAGCCCUGACAGCAGCGCUGGAAGCAGAGAAGGCAAAGGAGCCACCAAGCCCGGCCUCCAGCUCCUUCCAGCUGUACAACGAAGCCCAGUCCGUGUGCGUCGAAGCCUCGGGGCAGCUCCUGACGGCGUCACCGUGUCGUCCCCAAGCGCCGUCCCAGCUGUUCCGGUGGCUCCCGGGGGGCCGGUUACAAUCCUGGGGGACCCAACGCUGCGUCACCGCCACACGGAGCCAAAACCUGGCGCUGGUGCGGCUGGAGCCGUGCCGGGAACCGGCGGCGCCGUUGCAGCGCUGGGAGUGCCGCGCCGGGGGGCUGCUGGCGCUGGCCGGUAACGAGCUCUUCUUUAAUUACGGCAACAACCGGCAGUCGGUGGUGAUGCUCUACACCGGGGACCGCGAGUGGAGCCGCUGGGUCGUGCACGGCACCAAGGACGACGUUUGCUCCCGCGCCUGUUGUCCCCCCUGCUCCAAAGGCUGGACUUAUUUUCAGAAUUCUUGCUAUUUUUACUCAAAAAUGGCCAAUUCCUGGGAAAACGCCCAAAAUUUCUGCUCGCUCCUGGGCUCGCAGCUUCUGGAGGUGGACGGGCCCGAGGAGAAGGAUCACGUCCGGAAGAUGCUGGAAGGUUCAUCCUGGCUUGGAAUCCGCGACUCGGACGUCGAGGGCACCUGGAAGAGAACGAACGGGACCGUGGUGACCCCCGAGAGCAGCUGGUGGCACCGGAACGAGCCCAACGGGGGCCAACAGGAAAACUGUGGGGCCAUGGGGGGGGACGGCGAGUGGUUCGAUUACCCCUGCGGGGGCCACCUGCCCUGGGUGUGCGAGGGACCCCCCUGAACGCAAAGGGACACCCCAAAAGUGACCCGAGCACUCUGGAGGGGUCCCCAUGACCCCCUUCUACUCACCUCUGUGUCCAUUUGGGUGAAAAUUUGGGGUCCGGGGGGGAUUUUGGGGGAUCCCUGCAGAGAAAUAAAGAUGUGUGUGGAGUGCCA